AGAUACCAAUGCCGUUUCUAGAUUUCUCAUUUUAUUUUCUUACUUUCUUGUAAUUUUAUCAUUUAUUAUUGUAAUACAUACCUAGUUGUAACACGCAGAACGUAGACGUUACAUUAUCUGAAAAUUUAAGUCAUUCAGCCUUCUUUAUUUCCCAGAACAUAAAAACCACAUAUUGUUGUUCUUCGUGCCGUGUAGUACCGUGUUCUGGUGUGCAAGUCUGUUGCCAUAAAUUCCAGUUUUGUGAAAAAAAAUGCGCUGCUCUAACUCUAAAAACUAUUUUCUUACCAUUCGAAUAACGACGAAGUCAUGACACUUAAAAUUAUUACUUUAUCUAUCUGAAAAUACCACAAGACGUAAGUAGAUGCAUAUAUCAGAAUAAUUUAUUUCCCACUUUAUCAUCCGAUGCUCAUCAAUCAGAUAAAGAUAAAUCGUAUUCAGAUAAAAAUUCAAUGUUGCUAUGCUAAAAUAUUGUCUACACAAGUCAUUUGCAUUCGGGCAACACCUAUGUUUUCUCUGGAGAUAAAUCAUCUGCAUUAAAACCUGAAAUGCUGCAUUGCAUCUAAUUUUGUAGUAAAUAUAGACCUACCUAAUGAAGGAGCCACGAAAAAUGUUAAACUACGUCUUCGUUUCGACAAAAUUAAAAAUACUUACGUCUCACUGUACUUGUCAAGGUUCCUAAAUAUCCUAAAACCAUUUCAAUUUCUUAGGUAGAUGACUAGAUGUGAUAAACUAUUGUUAAAUAAAGCUCUGACUCAAGCGUUAAGAUCUCCAGAAGAGACCAACAAAUUUAAUUAGUAUUCCACACAGGUUAGUCAGGAAAAGAUGGUAGAAUAUUAUGAUGUUUCAGUUUUUAAAUUAUAAGUCACUGUUGUUAUAAUGUAUACCAGUUUUAAAUGUAUUUAUUUAAUUUGUUGCAGGUACAACAAGUUCAAAAUAGCCCAUGUCACUGAUUCCUCGACGCAGAGGUAACGUUCACGCCAAUCUUACGAUUUACUAGACUUAAAUUUUCAAAAAUUUCUACAGUAAACAUUGCUCAGACACGUUACCAACACCAUGUAACUCACUAAAUAUAUUUGUCUAAUCUUCAUUUAUUUUCUUAUAUUUUUAACGCCAUCUAAACUUUAUUUUUAGGUUAUAUUUCGACUAUUUUUACCUAGAGUAAGCACUACUACAUUAUUUGUAGCGCCUUCAUCGAUGCCAUUGUACAGUUUAGCUUCAAGAGGUCACUGGACACUCCGAACACAUUCUCGAUAGCUUCAAUCAUUCUUUUGUCUAAGUUGAAUCGAACACUUUCAACACGUUCGACAUCCGCAGCACGACUGCCGCGAAAUUCAUUCAACAGGCCAACAGGAUGUGGGCGGGGCGUGCGGGACGCGGCGUCAUUGGGCGAACGCGCGACUCGCAGUGAUGGCCGCCGUCGCAUUCAACCAAUGAGCGGCGCGCGAGCCGAACGCGCGUCCGUCCGGCGAACGUGCGACGUUGCCAGCUUUUACCAGAAAAAAAAAAUACCAGAUUCGACCUUCUUAGGACCCCCGGUUUUUUUUUGUUUGGCCGCGUUAUCAUUCGGGAACGUGUAUUGAGGUCCUUAUCCGUUUGUGAGAUGGUUCUGCGCAGGUGGAUGUGUUGUGUUGUGUUAUAGUUUAUUAUGGUGUGGUCCACGCAAACUGGCGAAGUGUUGAUUGACAUCGUAACGAGGCCCGGGCAAACGGAUCACGGGCACGGCGGCGGCGCGCUGGCGUACGGCGGGAAGCCGGCGGCGGGGGGUGUGGUGGCGCCGCCGCAACCCAGACCACCUCCCGCAGCACCCUAUGCCCCACAACCUUACGCCCCAGCACAGCUGCGCCUGCACCAGCCAGGAUAUGGAUCAGCGCCAUUAUCAUACAGGGACAGUAGUUACGUCCGCGGCGGCGGUGCGGUGGGGUCGGUGGGGGGAGUGGGGUACCGCGGCGGCCGAGUGUCCCUGCUCGGCGCCGGCGCGGCCUACCUCCCCCCGCCCGCGCCCGCAGCGCACCACCCGCCCCCCGCUGACCCUCCGCCUUUCAAGAAAAUCAGGCUCACAGCUGAACGGACACCGCUACCACAUCACCAGCCGCUUAGGGUUGAUACUAGGGUCAGUAUCUUUUAUAAUCCAUGA